AUGGACAAGCAGUUUACUAAUUUCCUGGAAUUAUUCAAGAAACUGCACAUCAACAUUCCAUUUGCGAAGGCCUUAGAGCAAAUGCCGAGCUAUGUCAAGUUCAUGAAGGACAUCUUGUCCAAGAAGAGGAAGAUGGAGGACUUUGAAACUGUGGCAUUGACGGAAGAGUGUAGUGCUAUACUGCAAAAGAAGCUCCCUCCUAAACUGAGAGAUCCUGGGAGUUUCACAAUACCGUGCACUAUUGGGAGAAUUGAGGGAAUAAAUGCUCUUUGUGAUUUGGGGGCUAGUAUCAACCUGAUGCCAUUGUCAGUUUUCAAGAGAUUGCAACUUGGAGAAGCCAAGCCCAUAACUGUAACUUUGCAACUAGCUAAUCGUUCGUUGGCACAUCCAAGAUGGGUAAUUGAAGAUGUCCUUGUCAAAGUGGACAAGUUUAUUUUUCCUGCCAAUUUCAUAGUUCUUGAUAUGGAAGAGGAUAGCAAUGUUCCCAUUAUCCUUGGGAGGCCCUUCUUGGCAACAGGCCAAGCACUUAUAGAUGUGUCAGAAGGGUGA